UCCUCCUCCUAUACUCGACUCUCUGCUCCGCAGCUCCUCAUUCACUAGAAGAUGGCGGACUGCGCUCCACUAUUAGAUGAGGAACUCUCGUCCUUUGUCUUCAGUUACCUGACAGAAAAUUCCGGCAGCCAGUAUGGGGAGGAGGAGGUGUGCUCAGACCGCUUGGACACCGACUUCCCCGACAUCGACCUCUCCCAGUUGGACACCAGCGACUUCGACAGCGUCAACUGCCUCAGCGAGCUGCAGUGGUGCACCGAUCAGCCUGCGGAUGUAUCACCCGCCUCCAUCCACUACAGUACGGCAGAUGAGCUCUUCGAGAUAGAAGAGGAGAACGCGGCUCUGCUGGCCGCUCUGACAGACAGUUUGGAUGGCAUGGUGGACGCCGAGGUGGGGGGGCUCUCCGUUUUUCCCACUUUGGAGGAGGAUCCUAGUCAACAGGAGGAGGAUGUGAGGAGUCUUCCCCUGAGCACCGAGGACUUCAGUCGGCCCCUGGGAGCCGAGACAGAGGACCUAUCUCUUCUAAAGAAGUUGCUGCUGACUCCCCCCAACGUCCCAUCCGGCAUCGACGUGCACAAAGACGGAGCCCAAAGCCAUCGCUACAGCAACAGGAGUCUGCGCCUUCGGCCUGUCAGACCUCUGACGAAGAAUGACCUCCCCUUAGAGCGGAAGUCCCGAGCCGUGCGUCCCACUGGGCGCCUGUGCGCAGAGCUCCACCGCCACCUGACCACGGCGCAGGAAAGUGACGACACCCCGGUUCAUGACACGGAUGAGGGUGACGAUGAAGAGGAGGACGAGGACAGUGAGUCAGAGGAGGAUGAAGAGGAGGAAGAGGAGGAGUCUUCCAGCAGCGAGGUGGAGGGGGCGGCUGUCGCCGGCCCCGUCGAACCCGCCGCGCCUCAGUUCAGCUCGGAGAAAGAACUCCAGUCAGUUGUUGAGCUGAUCACCUACAUGCACACUUACUGCCUGCCGAUGCGCAAGCAGCAGAGCUGGGACCGAAAGGACCGGGACCUGUCGAGGAUGCGGGCCAAACCCGAUGUCCCCCGCCCGGCGAACGGCGGCUCUCACAGCAGAGUCGUACUGGUAAACGCUCCUGCGACUGGUGGAAACCUAAACGGGACAAGCAGCAGCGCCCCGAGAAGGCUUCCCUUCGCCAGGCGGAGGGAGAUGAAGGCCAACUCUCUUCUCCGGCAGCUCUUGCAACAGAGCAGCUCCUUUGACGUGAGCAAGCCUUACAGACUCCACAGCCCACCUUACACCCACUCACACAGCCCCAGCAGGGGUGUAGCAUCUGCUGCUUGUCCCCCAGCUACUAAAUGCACCACAGCCUUUAGCUCCUCCUGUCCUAAAGCAGAGCUCCAGAAAGACUCCUCCUCGCCUGAGAGGAGAAACUCUUCCUCUGGGCUUCCCCAGAGCAUGGAGGAGCCCGCUGAAACCAGCGGCUCUUUCUCCGUCCGCCGUUCCAGACGCUUAGCAUCCUUCCCCAGCCGCUUCGCCAAAAGGUGGCGCCCCACGCGAGAGAGGGACGGAGAGGGGAAAGAAAAGGAUGGGAAGGGGGAGGAAGAAGCAGGGGACCGACUCCUGCCCACCCAGGUCGGAGGGGGGACGACGACGACAGAGGUCCAGCCAGAAAAAAUGACGUCUAACGAUGGCAGCAACACCUCUGAGCUGACCAAAUCCUGCUGCCAUGAAAAGCGGGCCUGUCUCUGUCUGCCCCUCAACCCAAAGUCCACAGGAGAGUCCCAGUUCAGCACCAGGCCUUAUGAGCAGACGCUCAGUGUGGAUCUGUGUGGAACGGCAGGUCUCACCCCACCUACCACCCCGCCACACAAACCCGUGGAGGAUGAGCUCUUUAAGCCAACGGAGGGAGGAAAGGGCAGCAGUGACAGUGGAGGCGCCCGCGAGUCCGUGCACCCGGCUUCCAACACCAGCACUAACGUUUCUGUAAAGGGCUCAACAUGGUUCAGUCGCUCCCACCACCAGAGGAAGCUUCCAGAGCAGACGGAGCUUUACGCCCAGCUGCGACGCAUGGGUCAGACAGGCGAGUGCGACACCCAGCGCACCUUCGGCGAUCACGACUACUGCGCGCUGAGUCUCGGGGAGAGCCGCAAACGUAGUGCGGCCAUCCUCGGUGCCAUCCUCCAGACACAGGCAGGGGCUGAGAAGGAUGACACCCAUGGAUCCAGCGUGGUGGAUAAUGAGGUUUUAGGUGAAAAGGGCAAAGAGAGCGAGGACGAGAGGCUGAUGAUAACUGAAAUCGUAGAAACACAGGAGCAACAGAUGGCGUUGUCAUCAUCGCCUUCCUCAGACUGCCAGUCACUUGCUGCAACGCCUCCAGUUUCCGAAGAGGAGGCGGAGCACUCGUCAGCAUCCCGCUCACCAUCACCCAUCCUACACAUGUGUCCCGACUCACCUUCCAGCAAGACAGACUCCAGUGAGAACUCUGAGAGCUGCCUAGACGACAACCAGGGGAACAAAGAAAAAUCUGACGAGGACAACUGCCAGGUGUUUUACAUCCACAACCUGCCGAGCAGGGUGACUGAGAACAUGCUGAGGAGACGCUUCCAAGUGUUUGGCAAUGCAGAGGACUGCAAGGUCAUCAUCUGCAACGAGGAGCGCUGUGGAGUGAUAAAGAUACGUCAGUCUGGGCCUCAGAGACAUCGCAAAGAACGGGAGAUUGUUUUCCAGAGCGCCCCCUCAGGCCUAAGGAGGCAAACAAGGAAACGCUACAUAGAUCUAGAUGAGGCGGGUCCUUGCCCUGUCAAGAGUAAGUAUGAUGCACUGGACUUUGACACUCUGCUGAAGGAGGCCCAGAAGUCCCUGCAUCGUUGAUGGUUCAGCGCUGCUGACUGGCCAGCCUUAGUAAACCCCUCUGACAACACCCACAGUACCUCCGUGCAAGGCAACCUCGCAAGAUGUUUACAUUUUUAAUAUUGGAAUAACGUAACAAAGACCUUGAUUUUUUUUUUUUUUUGAAGUCUCUUUCACCGGAGGAUACUGCUUAAAAACAAGGAAGUUGAUGCGAGGAGUUGAAGAGAGUGGAGGGGGGGGGAAAAGGACUUUAAACAGCAAUGGUACAACAGCUGUAAACAAUAAUGACACGGCUCUCUGAACAAAUGUAAGAACAAAGCUGCUUCCUGUCUGUACUGGUGUCGUCUUUGCCCUGCCUUGGAAGAACGGGCAUGAGAAACCUGUAGCAAAUCCUUGCUAACCCUGCGUUGCGUUGGUCGUUGUGGCGUGUGUCGUUGCGUGUGCGUGUUCCUUAUUCUGUUGGUUUUUGUAAGCAAAAAAACAAAACAAAAAAACAGAAAGAGAGAGAGAAAAGCUCUCUUUUUCUGGUUUCAGCUGGUAAACCCGCAGGCUGUGUUUGCUUGUCUGGUCAUAUUACCAGGACCUGGAUAAUAAAAAAAAAAGUCUGUUUUGUUUUAGCAAAAAUAAUUGUGUAUGUUAAAGAUUUUUAAACUUUGUGUGUGCGAGUUUGUGCGUGAGGGUGUGUGUUUGUAUGUAUUUCAUGGACAAAAUAUAUAACAAACACAUUUAAUGUAAUCAAUGGAUGACUGAUAAAAGUUUACAAAUCUAAAA